AUGGCGCCCAUCUACAAGAUUGCCAUUAUCCAAUUCCAGCCAAAGCCUAUCGACAUCGAGGCCAACUUCAAGUAUGCUGCCGAUGAGAUCCGCAAGGCGGCUGCUGCGGGCGCGGACAUUGCCCUUCUGCCCGAGUUCCACUUGACCUCGUGGGUGCCGAACCACCCGGAGUUUGUCAGUGCCAGCGCCGCGUCCGGCGCGAUUCUCAGCCGCUACCAGGACCUCGCGCGUGAGCUCAACAUCAACAUUGUCCCCGGCACCAUUGUCGAGGCGCACACCACCACGGCCGACCCUGCGAGUGGCACGACGCUCGUCACGACGGCGCCCGACGACACGAGCAGUGGCACGCUCGAGCUGCGCAACAUGGCCUUCUUUGUCGAGGCCGGCACGGGCAAGGUGCUCAACCGCUACCAGAAGACGAAUCUGUGGCACACGGAGCGGGGCCACUUGACGGCGCCGACGCUGGAGAGCGCCUCGUCGGCCGGCAGCACCACGGACUGGCCGCCGCACAAGGCGUUUGACACGCCCCUCAAGUGGGGCGACCGCUUUGUGCGGGCCGGCAUGCUGGUCUGCUGGGACCUGGCGUUCCCCGAGGCGUUCCGGGCGCUCGUUGCCGACGGCGUCGACCUGAUUCUGAUCCCCUCGUACUGGGACCCGUACGAGGACGUCGACGCCGAGUCGCUGGCCGUCAACCCCGAGUGCGAGGUGGACUACAUACGCGCGUGCCUGGCGGCGCGGGCCAGCGAGAACACAGUGGCCGUGGCAUUUUGCAACACGGGCGGCGUGUCGCAGCUGGCACAGCCGCUCCUCGGCCUGCGGGGCGAGAUUCGGCCUGGCGCGACGGAGACCAAGAUUCUGGAGAUGGACCUGGACUAUUUGCGUGUGGCGGACAACCACUACAAGGUGCGGGCGGACAUCAAGCGCGAGGGCUGGCACUAUGAGCACACUCUGCGGUUUCCGGCCAAGACCGCGGCGCCAGUGAGCAAGUAG